UCAAUACUCUCUCGUAACGUCUCCGCUAUAUAUUGGCGUAAUAACCUAUGCUAAUUCAUCAGUUCCACCGCGGAAGUCAGAGGAGAAAGACCAAAAUGCUAGCUAGAAUUUUGGUCCUGGCUGUGGCGUUAGGAGUAUCUCAUGGAGAAGAAGAAAACAAUGAUCUUAAAACUAUCCUGCAGCAUGCACAGCCUAAGGAAUUUAAGCUGUUAAUGAAGUACCAUCAUGACCCAUCACUAAAUCAGGAAGUGCAAUACCGUAUUCCAGACAGUCAUGAACAAUCAAGAUACACAAACAAUAUUGUUCAUGAAGUAAACGAGCAACAGGAGUCACAAGAAAAUACUGGUCAUCAGGCAGUUCAGUAUGUGCAAGUGCCAGUGCCAGUGCAAGAAGAACAAUUAGUUCAUCAAGUGCCUCAACAACAGGCUUACGCCGUUCCUGUCCACCAUGAAAGUCAACCCAUUCAUCACGCAAGCCAUCAGCAAGUACACCUUGACAGUCAGCCUAUCCACGUUCCCGUUCUACACAAAGUGCUAGCUCAUCAACCAGUCAGACCUGUGAAAGUACACCAAGUUCCUGUCUAUCAGCAGCAAGCUGCAUCGCACUCUGAUGACUCACAUGAACAACCCAUUGAUUAUUACGCGUAUCCUAAAUAUCAAUACCAGUAUAACGUAGAAGAUCCUCAUACUGGCGACAAGAAGUUCCAGCAUGAAGUCCGCGAUGGUGAUGUUGUGAAGGGUGUCUACUCUUUCCAUGAAGCUGAUGGAUCGAUCAGGACAGUGGAAUACACUUCGGAUAAACAUAAUGGAUUCAACGCCAUAGUUAAACACACCCCUCCUGCACACCAUGCUCAAGAUAGCCAUCAUCAGUAGAAGCUACCGGAGUGGAAGACUGAUCUUCGUAAUAAUAAGUCUUUAUCUGUGUUAUCCUUGUCGUUAUUAGAUGUGUAAAAUUAAAUAAUUAAUUUAAAUAUUUAA